AUGCGCAACUUGGGAAUGUGCACCGCGCGACUGCGGAAACUGUGUGCAAAGGCGGUCGCCCCCAUCAACCUCGAUCGCGUCGCUUGCGACUUGAACACACUAGACAUAGAUGAACUGCGAGAUGUGAAACGGGUCGAAGACGCAGCAUUGAACGCCAAAGUCCUCCAACUUCAAAUGGCCAUGGCAAAGCAACUGACCGAUCUCGAGACCUUGUUUUGCAGCAACGUCUUGGAGAUGACCCGCCAACUCACUGCUGCCAUCGAGUCCGAAAGGUCCCAGGCAAGUUACUCCAAGUGA